GCUAAACUGUGGCGAAGGCCUUCAAAUACGGCUGGCUACAGUUCCGUCUGCUAUCCGCAUGUCAGCAGCAUUCUCCUAUGGUACGUAGUUUGGAACGAGGUCGACAGAAGGAGGAAGGCAAGGGAAAGAGACCGAAAAAUUUCGUUCAGUCCAAGGAUGCAGCCCUCCGAUUAGCCGAGACGGUGGCAGACACCCAGGAGGAACAAUCACUCAAGAGACUACAGCGCCAUCGCCAGACGGUGCAGGCUAUCGCUACCAAGUCUCAUUCCAAAAUGCCAAAGAAAACAGGUUCUCAGAGCCGGCUGAAGGAGGUGAAGGCCACUCUUGCCGCAGAAGCAGCACGAGCAAAAAGAGAGAAAGCUAAACAAAAGAAGCAAGCCUUGAAGGCCGCCAAGUUGAAACCUGCAGACAAUCGUACUCUAAAAACGGCCGGGGAUGUUGACCGUAAACCUAUACGAAAACGAGUAGCAUUCGCAGACUGAUAACGGGUAUUCCACACCUCCCCAUGUACCGACACGACCUUCAAAAUAACACUAAUUCUACACCGGAACGCAAUAUCGAGGGUACAACGACAUUUAUCCGUGUCAUACAAUAUUCUACUUGCCGGCUUCGUCGA